UUUACUGACUUGUCCCAGUGCCUCUGGUGCCGGGAUCGAUUGGCUGGCGGGUGUGGCCGGCGGGCUGGCUCCUCCCCCUCCCGGCGGCAGCGUGCGCUCUCAGCCGCCCCCCUGCGCCCCCCGCUCGCCCGGCCUGCGUGCCCGAGCCCAUGCCCCUAGCGCCACGCGGCCCUCCAACGCCAUGUGCGUCCCGCACACCAUGGAGGUGGGCAAACACAGUGCCAGCCAGGGGCAGGGCAGCCGCGGUGGGGUGCCAUUGGAGCCCUUUGUGCACCAGGUGGGCGGCCACACCAGCAUGAUGCGCUACGACGACCACACUGUCUGCAAGCCGCUCAUCACCCGCGAGCAGCGCUUUUACGAAUCCCUGCCUCCAGAGAUGAAGGAGUUCACCCCCGAGUACAAAGGUGUGGUGCUCGUGUGCUUUGAGGGGGACAUGGAUGGCUACAUUAAUCUGGUGGCAUAUCCAUAUGUGGAGAGUGAAGGGCUGGACCAUGAGGACCUGCCUGAGAGGGACCAACCACGACGGAAGCACUCACGUCGGAGCCUCCACCGCUCCAGCAGUGACCAUAAAGAGGAAAGACCUGCUCACGAGAGCGACAGCGCAGAGAACUUGCAGGAGCUGAAGAGCCCGCGGCUGGAUCUCCAGAUUCAUUCGGAUGUGCCCUUCCAGAUGCUGGAUGGCAACAGCGGGCUGAGCUCCGAGAAGAUCAGCCACAAUCCGUGGAGCCUGCGUUGCCACAAGCAGCAGCUGAGCCGCAUGCGAUCCGAGUCCAAAGACAGGAAGCUGUACAAAUUUCUGCUCCUGGAAAACGUGGUGCAUCAUUUCAGCUACCCUUGCAUUCUGGAUCUGAAGAUGGGAACGCGGCAGCACGGGGACGAUGCCUCGGAGGAAAAAGCGGCGCGUCAGAUGAAGAAGUGUGAGCAAAGCACAUCCGCCACGUUAGGGGUGCGCGUCUGUGGGAUGCAGGUGUACCAGAUGGACACAGGCCAUUAUCUGUGCAGAAACAAGUACUACGGCCGUGGUUUAUCCAUCGAAGGCUUCCACCAGGCGCUCUAUCAGUUUAUGCACAACGGUACCCAGCUGCGGAAGGACCUUUUCGAGCCCAUUCUGAGCAAACUGCGCAGCCUCAAGGCCGUCCUGGAGCGCCAAGCCUCCUACCGUUUCUACUCCAGCUCUCUGCUCAUCAUCUACGAGGGCAAAGAACCCGAGCCAGCAGAAACCCGACAGAAGACCCCAGACCCGCCCUCCGAAAAGGAGGGUCCCUCGGAGCCAUCGCAGCCGUCCCAGAAACCCACGGACUGCCCCCGCUCUCCGGCACAGGAGCCCUCGGGUUCCCCCUCCCCCGCGCCUAUACCCAACGUUGACGUGCGUAUGAUAGACUUCGCCCACGCCACCUUCAAGGGUUUCCGGGAUGACCAAACCGUGCACGACGGGCCGGACCGGGGUUACGUAUUCGGACUGGAGAGUCUCAUCAAUAUUUUGGAGGGAAUCCGGGAGGAGAAUCAGUAGCCCAAGCUAUGCCUUUCCUCAUCCCUUAC